UUUAGCGGUAAAAGCUGUUACAAAGCAUUUCAGUUAUAAAACAUCGAAGGCAAAUGUUUUUCUGCACAGCCUAACUGAAAUGCAGUUUAAACACUGGUUUACAAUUUGGUUAAAACCCAAAGGUGUAAGCCAUUUUAGGGCGUCAAAAAAUAUUCCACACACUUUCAAAAAGCUUUCAAUUAAGUCUCAACCAUUUGUUUUUAUUUUCAAAGCGUAAAUGCUCAAAAGUAAUCAUAUUCAUUAGCUGGAUGCCUGGCAAGCAAGACAUAUUUGUAGAAUGAACAAGUAAGCGAGCCAGCUCUCUUAAGAUACAAUAUAGUCCUUCAUUUGAGCUGAUGUCCUGAAUUUAUUCACAGAACCUUAGGCUCCUUUUACAUGUCUGCUCACACAAUUAAUUAUCAUGAUUGAGUUCUCCAACACCGCAAAGCUAGACCAAGUGAUGCCCACUUACAGCCCUGUGUCAGUUGGGGGAGGGUUUUAUUACUCUGCCUUCAGCUGCAUAAGAGGCACGGAGUCAUUUUAUGAGUAUUUAGGGGAAAACAGUCUCUCUCUCCUCAGCCGAACAGAACUGCUUUUUAAUCUCAAUCCCCGAAGAGGAAGUGGUCCCUAGGAGGAGCGUCCUUCCAGGUUUGCGUUCAUUCAUUUCCAAGUGGCCUGUCCAGCUCCUGGCCCGCUUUAAUACCUAGGGAGCUCCGUUUCCUCUGCGCCAAAGUCGGCCUCCCGCCUGCAUCCCCGCGGCCCCACUGGUCCGUGCGGAGACGUCGAGGCCAGUCACCACCUCCUCCUCCGGCCAGGCGGACCUCGCCCGUCCACUGGUGCAGGGGCACACCCAGCCCGCAGGCCACACGCCCCGCGCGCGCGGCGCCUUUAUUUACUUCGCAGAAGAGCCACCAGGCCCCCUCCUAGCAGGUCCGGGAAGCUUUUCGGCGACGCGAUGCUGGGGACACUGGUCUGGAUGCUCGCCGUCGGCUUCCUGCUGGCCCUGGCGCCGGGCCGCGCGGCGGGCGCGCUGAGGCCCGGGCGGCGCCCGGCGCGGCCGCGGGACUGCGCGGACCGGCCGGAGGAGCUCCUGGAGCAGCUGUACGGGCGGCUGGCGGCGGGCGUGCUCAGCGCCUUCCACCACACGCUGCAGCUCGGGCCCCGCGAGCAGGCGCGCAACGCCAGCUGCCCGGCCGGGGGCAGGCCCGCCGACCGCCGCUUCCGGCCGCCCACCAACCUGCGCAGCGUGUCGCCCUGGGCGUACAGAAUUUCCUACGACCCUGCUCGCUUUCCAAGGUACCUGCCGGAGGCCUACUGCCUGUGCCGCGGCUGCCUGACGGGGCUCUUCGGAGAGGAGGACUUCCGCUUUCGCAGUGCGCCUGUCUACUCCCCGGCCGUGGUGCUGCGCCGCACGGCUGCCUGCGCGGGGGGCCGCUCCGUGUACGCCGAACACUACGUCACCAUCCCGGUGGGCUGCACCUGCGUGCCCGAGCCGGACAAGGCCACGGACGGCGCUAACUCCAGCCUGGACAAGCCGGGAGCCAAGCUGCUGCUGGGGCCCGCCGACAGGCCGGCGGGGCGCUGAGGCCUGCCAGGCCCAGCUCCUGCGCGCAGCCAGUCCCCUGUACCCCAACCUUCCCGCGGCUGCCUUUUCCAAAGGGACAGCUACAUACGCUUUCAAUAGAUUUUUAUUUUUCAAAGUAGACACUACAUGCCUAUGACUAUUUUGAAGAGUAGCAGGAACUGUUUUCAUACUAGCAAUUUAGAGCGAGCAUGUUAUUUUUUUAAAAAAUAUUUUGAUAUUACAAGCAAACCACAAACAUUCCGAUGUCCUCUAAUAGGAUUCUUGAGUGUAUAAUUGUGGUGUUCAGAUGAACUUCUUUUACCUGCGCCGGGCAGCUGAGUUCAGCCUCUUGGACGCUCCGGGUCUGUGCACAGCCUUUCCCAGGUCCAGGGAGAGGACGAUGUGAGGCGCCUCCAGGUUCCAGAAACCAAACUCGCUCUUGUUCUUUAGCAUAUGGAUGGUCUCAACUUUAUGGCAAUUAAACUUUUUGGUGCUGUUCUUUCGAUUUUGAAA